GCUUGCGCUCGCGCUAGUUUUGUUCAUCCCAUCUUCCUCGUGUACAUGCGUGCAACAUUUUUUCGUAGCUUCGUAAGUUGAGCUAGCGCCGUAUGAAGGUCACAGUGGAGUCAUCCAAGUCCAUCAAGCCUGACUAUGGCGGCCACCGCCCGGUGGCUCCUCCGUUCACGGCGAACGUCGUCCCGCUGUCAGUGUUCGACAAGGCCAACUUGGACACGCAGGUCUCCGUCAUCUACGCCUUCCACCCGCCGGCCCCGCCCAACGGCGUCCUCGAGGCCGGGCUCGCCAGGGCCCUCGUCGAGUACCGCGAGUUCGCCGGGCGUCUCGCCCGGGACGCCGACGGCAGCCGCCGCGCCAUCCUCCUUAACGACGCCGGCUCGCGGUUCGUCGAGGCGACGGCCGGCGUGGCGCUCGGCAGCGUCAUGCCGCUGCGGCCCACCCCCGCGGCGCUGAGCCUGCACCCGAGCGGCGGCGACGAGCUGAUGCUGGUCCAGGCCACGCGGUUCGCGUGCGGGUCCCUCGUCGUCGGCCUGACCGUGCACCACACCGUCGCCGACGGCCGCGGGUUCUGCAACUUCAUCCUCGCGUGGGGCCAGGCGACGCGCGGCGCCCCCAUCGACCCCGCCCCGGUGCACGACCGGCCGUCGUUCUUCGCGCCGCGCAGCCCGCCUAAGAUCGAGCACGAGCACCGCGUCGUCGAGUUCAAGCCAUACGACGCCCGCAAGGACGACGACGCCGGCGGCGGCGGCGACGACGAGGAGGUGGUGGUGGUAGAGAGGGUGCACUUCAGCGCGGAGCGCAUCGCGAAGCUGAAGGCGCAGGCGUCGGCCGGGGCGCGGUACAGCACCGUGCAGUGCGUGCUGGCGUGCCUGUGGCGGUGCGUGACGCGGGCGCGCGGGCUCGAGGGGCGCGACGCCACCGCCCUGCUCAUCGGAGUGGACGGGCGAGGGCGGAUGAGCCCGCCGGUGCCGGACGGGUACACCGGCAACGUGGUGCUCUGGGCGCGGCCGACGGCCACCGCGCGGGAGCUCGUGGACAUGCCGCUGCGCCGCGCGGCGGAGCUCAUCCGCCGGGCGGUUGCGCGGGUCGACGACGCCUACUACAGGUCUUUCAUCGACUUCGCCUGCUCCGGGGCCGUGGAGGAGGAGCGGCUGGUGCCGACGGCCGACGCGGCGGACAUGGUGCUGAGCCCGAACGUCGAGGUGAACAGCUGGGUGCGGCUCCCGUUCUAUGACCUGGACCUGGGCGGCGGCCGGCCCUUCCUCUUCAUGCCCAGCUACGUGCCGGUGGAGGGCGUGGUCUUCCUCGUGGCGUCUUUCGUCGGCGGCAGCAGCGUGGACGCCUACGUUUCGCUCUUCCGCCAAGACAAGGAUGCCUUCAUGAACUGCUGCACAUCCGACCUCUCAAAACUCUGAUUUGUACUCCUACUUACUACUCUACCAAACGCCUCAAG